AUGAAUUGCAGAUUCUUGGAGGUCGGCAAGGCCAGCCAAGAAAGGAGCAUCUUCCGUGAUGAGUUGAAGAUUCUUGCCAAUUACUGGGUGUCAUCUGAUGAACUCAUGUCGUGGAAAGCCUACUUUUUCCACGAUAUCAAAGAUCACGACGAUGGACUCGCGUGGGACGAAAAAAGACGCACACAACACAUCAGGUACUUCUGUUCAAUUGGUACACCGACCCAAGAACUGGCCGUGAUUAUUACCGACGGAGCCAUUGCGACGGUCGUGAAGUGGAACGCAAAUGGAUAA